GGCGGUGCUGGCGAUCGGCGCCAUGGUGGCGGUUGCGAUGAUGCAGGAAGAUGGGGUGAGGGACAAACAAGGAGGAGCAUCGAUGGGGGAUGGGCAGCGAGCAAGAGAUGUACUUGCGAUGAAGCAAGGGUUGCUCCGAGGGAGCGACCCUAGGGUGAACUUGUUGAAGGAGCAAGCGCACAAGGAGGCAGCGCUGGCAAGGUUGGAGGACAAACAGAUCAAGAUCCUGAAGAAGGAACUAUCGGCUCUCAAGGUCGGCGGAAAGCAGCAGAUGCUCAAUGGAGCCUCGGACAUGCAGAAUGGGCAACGUGCGGUGGGAGCCGGGUAUUGGGACAAGGAGCAUCAUGACGAUACAUGGAAGCCUGUGGAUGACAUCUACGACAAGCUGAUCAAACGAUCGCAAGAAUGGGAGAAAGCUGAGAAGGCUCGUCAGGACUCGCACCAGGACGAUCUGGACUCGUUUGUCGAUGUACAGUCACAGGACGGGCCUUUCGAGGAUCUUGCCAACCAGGUAGUGCAGGAAAACAGCCAAGAGCGCGAGUUUUCCAAUGACGACUCCUUCGUCCCUCCUCCUACAGCCAUCACACCCAAUCAUAGGCUGCCAUUGCAAUCUUACUUGUCCUGGGAGCAGUCCGGCAAUGACAUGAUGGGUUCGAACUGACGUGCUUGGUGAAUCAUGGCAAGCUUGUGGAUGGCCCAGCAGGUGUAAGCAUACAGCAUUGCUGCCCGCCUCUUAUCAAUGCAGUCCAGUCUACCUCGGUUGAGCAAGCUCAGUAUGUAAGGAUGUCAUCCGUUUCCGAUGGUGUUUUCUUUCCUUUCCUCCAAUUUUUUUCCUCAAUUUAUGUAAACCUUUACAUUUC